UGAUUCUCCUAUGUGCUUAUGUAUUCAAUAUUAUGUAGCAAUGAUCUUGUUAACAUAGUUUGACAUGAUAAAUGAAUAUAGAGUUCUAGAAGUCAGUCUAACUUGUUCUGUUCUUGUGAAAUACUCUAUUUCAAAAUAUGAGGUGCAUCAGGAUUUGAAAGUGACAACUUUUGUGGUUUUUGAUGAGCAAUUAGUUAAAUUAUAUGGAUAAUUAUCGAUUUGUAGCAAUUGAUAAUAUGUUGCAUGAGUAAUUGAUUAUGGUCAACAUGUACUUUUUAAUACUUUCUUAAUCCUAAUACGCCUUAUAAAAAGAAAUGAAGGGAGUAGUAUGGUGAUUGGUGUCUACAGGUUCAUAACAGUUUGAAAGAUACAAGUGCGGUCCCAUGUGAUAACUUCCUCUUAUUAGAAUUAGAGUACUCCUAUGAUUUGACAAAAUUAAUCUUAUCCUUUUGAUUCUCUCGAUCCAGUUUCAACAUACAGUGCACUCCUCUGUCCUUUUGCUAGAUAUUUAGUUAGUUACCAAAUUUAGAUAGUUAGACAAUGUUGUUAGUUAGUUAGAUAUAUAGUUCGGUACUUUAGUUAGUUAUGAAAUGUUAUAAGUUUUUUUUUUGUGUAUUAUACUCGCAAUAACUUUCGUGUUGUGCAUACCAACUAGAUGGACAAUGUAGUCACUGUGCAUCAUGGAGGAAGUGUCGAGGAAGAUGAGUUUGGGAAUAUUAGUUUUGUUGGAAUGCAUAGGGUGUCUCUGAUAUUCAAUGAUCGGCCGUUGUUUAGUGAGUUGUUUCGUAGGGCUCGUGAUGAGCUUCACUGCAAUUCAAAUGAGGAUACAAUUUCAGUUGAAGGGGUACUUCAUUAUGGCUAUGGUAAAUCAGGCCGAAUUUUUAGGCGGCUGCUCCCAAUUGCCUGUCAGGGUGACUGGGAGAAGUAUGUCAAGACUGUCAUGAAGAAUGAAUUUCAAUGUUUGGAUUUGCUUGUGCGGAAGUUGUCAACUGAUCGGAUCCCUCAUGUUUAUUCACCCCCUAAUGGCCAUUCACCCCAUCGUGGGUUCUCGCCAGCACAUGAGAAUCCGGCACCUUAUGACCCUUCGUUACGAAACCGUGAGGGGAAUAUGGAAGAUGUGGUUAUUGUCCCUGAUGCUCAAUCUGCUUCGAGUGAGGUUGGAAUUUGUCCUGAUGUUGGUGCAGAAUGUCGUACUGAUGAUGUUGUUACGACCCCUAAGGAGAUUCCUUUGACCCAGAACCAUCCAAGAGACAUUGCAAAUUAUGUUGGUGUUCCUCCUAUGUCUCCAUCAUCCAAUAUAGGAUGGGCUUCUAAUAGUGUCGAUGUGGAGAUUGCUGAUGAAGAGGAGCCUUAUGGGACAGCAAGAGCCGUUGAUUCUGAUGAUGACCGCCCUGUACCACCAUUGAGCGAAGAAGAUAUGGAGUUCAUCAGACUUUUUUGUCCCAAUCGUGAUCCACUGGUUCAUGAAUUCAGUGACCUCAAGCAUUCUCAUAGUGCUUAUGGAGAAGGACGAGAUGACGAGCUGCUAGAGGCUCUUGAGAUUGGGGAUAACAUGGAAAUUCAGAAGGGCCUUGUAUUCAAGGACUUGCCUACAUUGAGAUGGUGGUUAUAGGAGUAUUCUGUGAAAUGUAAAAGACCCUUCAAGGUUAGGCAUUCUUAUGCGGAGCGGCGUUACACAGUGGUGUGCGAGAAGGAUGAUUGCAAUUGGAGGGUCUGUGCUCGGAAACAGAAAGCCACGGGAAAGUUCAAGAUCACUAAAAUUGUUUGUCCACACACUUGUGCCGAGAAAGAUCUACAGCGGAGGCAUCGACAGAUGACCUCUACCCUCAUUGCCAGAAAGCUGUACUCAACAUUGAAGGGUCAGCCCAAUUUGAAGGUUAGGAUAAUUAUGAACAUGGUUGAGAAGAUAUUUGGUUACAAGAUAAACUAUGGGAAAGCGUGGCGGGCAAAGCAACGGGCUUGGAAGAUGAUAUAUGGGGACUGGGAGGUGGGGUACGAGAAGUUUCCUGCACUGUUCAAUGCAAUCAAAGCAGCUAAUCUAGGCAUGCAUUACGAGUACAUUCCAGAACCGAAUGUAUGGAAGGAAGGGAGGCAGAUAUUCUUUCGUGCAUUCUGGUGCUUUUCCUAGUGCGUGGAGGCCUUUAGGCAUUGUCGUCCGGUGUUCUCCAUUGAUGGUACUUUUCUUCUUGGCAGGUAUAUGGGCACACUAUUGGUAACCAUUUCAUUUGACGCCGACAACACAUUAGUUCCUUUGGCGUUCGCUUUGGUGGAGAGGGAGAACAAAGACAGCUGGGGAUGGUUCUUGCGGCUUGUUCGGAUUCAUGCUGUAGGCCUUGACAGGGAGGUUGGUGUCAUAUCCGAUAGACAUCAGGAUAUACUCAGUGCAGUACAAGAGCAGAUUCCGGGGUAUGCACCAUUGCACCACCGUUGGUGCACUCGGCACCUUGCCGAGAAUUUGCUUCGGAAAGAUGGUAAUAAGAACAACUUGCCUCUAUUCGAGGAUGUUGCUCGCAUGACUAAGGUGCAGUUCUUUGAGGAAAAGUUGGAGGAGCUAAAAACGGCAACGGACGAUCAAGGUAGGCAAUGGCUAAGAGAAUUGAUGAGGGAGCGUGACAAAUGGACAAUGGCAUACGACGAUGGUGGCGUGAGGUAUGAGUUUCAGACUAGCAACAUGGUUGAGUCAUUUAACAGUGUCUUGAAGGGGAUACGGGGAAUGCAUGUCAAUGCUAUCGUAUCAUUCACUUUCUACAGGCUGGUUGCAUGGUUCAAUGAGAGAUAUUCACAUGCAAUGGCACUACAUAGCAAGAACCAGUUAUGGGCACCUAAACCUCUACAUCAUCUUGAUAAGGCAAAGGAUAGGGCUCGUACACAUGAGGUCGAAUGUUUUGACCACACGACGGGAAAGUACAAGGUCACAGAAAGGGGUGAUACAACGUCCAAUGGUAAGGUGCGGCCGUCAAGGAGUUAUAUUGUCGUACUAAUUAAUUUCUCAUGCACGUGUGGGAGAACAAGACAGUACCACUUUCCAUGUUCUCAUUAUGUUGCAGCAGCCCAACUAUGCCUAUGAAAGCGAGAUAUCGCGGGAGUUCAGUGUUGACACCCUUGUACUUACAUGGUCUCCCCGCUUUGAGCCUUACCUAGAUGAGGGUCAGUGGCCACCAUACACGGGUCCGAAAUACGUUGUGCAUCCAGGUUGCCGUUGGAACAAGUGUGGAAUUAGAAAGAGAACGAGACAUAAGAUGGUCAUGGACCAUGUUUUAGGAAGAACUACACGGGGGAGAGCAACACCCUUUCUUUGUGACCCCGAGCAAAGCCAAUGUGGCAGAUGCAACAGAGUUGGCCAUAAUUCACGUAGAUGCAGUUGGUCGCUUAGUCAGGAUGGAGCCACCGCACCUCCUGGAUCCGUACUACGAGCAGAACCACCGAGGACGACGCACCGUGGAAAUGACUUCAUCUAUUUGUCUCAAUCAUUCAUAUUUAUGUUCAGGGACAAAUAUAAAAAAUUCAUUGUUUGCAGGAAUCGCCCCUUCUUCGUCCUUGAACCCAUGACAUGUUCCAAGACAUGGCCUACAGACCUCGGUACUUCUAUGCACCAAGGUGCAGGCUCCGGAGGACAGAGCUCGUCCUAGUCCACAAGGGAUACUUACAAGGCCAGUGGUGGCGAUGAUGAGGAGGACGCUCCAUUCACGCAACCAUCACAGCCUCCACCACAUAGUCUGUGCGCUGUUCAUGAGACCAUUACACUCCAGGCACCGACACUCUUGGUGGGUAAGGGCAAAAGUAAGACUAAGAGGCACUGAGGGUUAAUUGCUGGAUUGUUUGGACGUUAUGGACUGUAUGGAUGUUAUGGACGGAUUCAGACUUUGCUUAUUUAGCUUGUGUGCAUUUUA